GUUCAUUAGGUACUUCUGCCUGGCACUUUGCGGCGCUGUGGGGUGGUUGGGAGAUCGGCGUUGGCUGAAAAUCACCUGCGGCUUUGGCCGUGGCCGCAGGUGAGACUCGGCGCCCAGAGCCACCGGGGGCCACAGCUCACCGCCCGCUCCUCCGUGUGGGGAGGUGAAACCCAGGCCCCGACACGCGCCGCCGCUCCGGGCCCGGUUGCGGCCGCUCUCAUGUUCCGGAUUCUGGUACCUGAUCCCUGAUCUCGUCUUCUACCCUUAGGAUACCUGGAUGCUCAGAGCCUGAGGCCGACGCCGCCAUGACCGGGGGGGGGAAGGGGGGGCUCUGCUUUCGUUUUUCAAUAAAGCUGUUGAUCUGAUUCAUCCGUGUGUGGGUGUUCUUGAACUCCCGACUACCAUCCUGGAAAACGCAUCUGCUGACGUGGGAACCGAGGUGUGCUGUGGAGGGAGACCUUUGUGGGACACCUUCCUGGCCCGCUCAACUCUGCUUUGGAUGCCACGCAGGGGUAGAACCCGGUCUUGAAGGUUGGCAAGUGAUUUCUAAGAUCCCACCCUCUAAAAGCGGCAGAGCCAGAGUGGCGGGUAUGAUCUCAACCUCUUCACCAGCCCUCCCGACUGCAACUUCCUGUGCUCUGUCUGCCAUGGAGUUCUCAAGAGGCCGAUGAGGUUGCCAUGCAGCCACAUCUUCUGCAAGAGGUGCAUCCUCCCGUGGCUAGCCAGGCAAAAGACCUGUCCGUGUUGCAGGAAAGAGGUGAAACAGAAAAAGAUGGUCCAUGUGAAUAAACUCCGGAAGAUCAUUGGCCGCCUGGAAGUCAAGUGCAAGAACGCCGAAGCUGGCUGCCUGGUGACGUGCCCCCUGGCCCAUCGGAAGGGGCACCAGGACUCAUGCCCUUUCGAGCUGAUGGCCUGUCCCAACGAGGGGUGCACAUCGCGGGUGCCUCGUGGGAACCUGGCCGAGCACCGGCAGAAUUGCCAGCAUGGUGCCCAUCAGCGCUGCCCCCUGGGCUGCGGGGCCACCCUGGGCCCGGCAGAACGCGCAAGCCACAACUGCUACCGUGAGCUGCGCAAGGCCUGGUGCCAGCGCCAGGAGCGCAGCCGGACCCUGGUGCUGUGUCUGCUACGGCGCAUGCGCAAGGUGUACCGGUCUGCCAACCUCAUCCGCCGGCAGCUGGCCCAGCUCGGAGAGUUACUGGAGGAAGAUGACGCCCUGCUCUUGGGCGCCCCGCAAGAGGAGGCUGAGACCCCCCCCAGAAGGCAGUAUUGGGGCUGA